AUGGACAGCAUCGAGAGUUCAUCAGGUAUUAAGCUCAGUUUGGCCGAUCCGACUACUUGGAAAAAGUUCUAUCCAAAUACCGAAAUGAUUGUUACAAGGAGAAAGGGUCGUGUGAUCUUCCCUCAUCUCAAUUACAAUUUGACUGGGUUAGAACCCAACGCUCACUACGAAGUAUUCAUUCAUCUAGAACGUACUGAUAAUCUCAAAUACAAGUUUGAAGCUGGGAAAUGGAAAGAAUCCGGGAUAGGUGGUAAAAUAGUUCCAAUCGAUUAUAAGCAACAUCCCGAUGGAGCACGUCAAGGAUCCCAUUGGAUGAAUGAGACAAUAUCGUUUAAGAAUCUCAAAAUAACGAACGAUAUCAAGAAUACUGAUAAGCAGCUGAUUUUGGUGCAGAGCAUGCACAAGUUCCUUCCAGUGAUCACUAUCAAAAAAGUUGAUGAUCAGAUGGGAGAAGAGUUCAGAUUGACUAUCACAGAAUUCUAUGCUGUUACAGCUUAUCAAUGCGAAGCAAUGAGUCAAUUGAAAGUUAGCCACAACAAAUAUGCAUCAGGACACAAGGGCAAUGGCAGAAAGAGAAAUUCAUUCGAUCUAGAUGAAAUGUCACCAGAUGCUAAAAGAAGAUCUUUGUCGUCUUCCUCAUCGAGCCCAUCCUCUGCCACACCACCAUCUCCAUGGAAUCAGCCUGCUAAUCAAGUUGCCCCAUUCGAUCAGUUUCAAAACAAUGCUUAUCCGAUUCAGCGUCAGCACCAACAAGUGUUCGAUUUUGCCGGGAACAAUCCAUUCUCUCAAUACUAUCAAGAAUGGCAAUGGUAUCAAAUGAUGACUCCAUUCAACAGUGGGAAUGCCGAGAACACUGCUCCAAACGGAUAUACUGCACUUGGCUGA